AUGGCUUCUACAACUGAAGCCUGUACAUCGCGUCAUGGCAGCGAAUCUUCUGAUUUUGCACCUGAUUUCCUGGCUCAUUGGGUAGUCAAGACGACGAGGCGCCAAGAAAUGACCCAGUGGUACCGCAAGGUCUUUGACGCACGUGUCGUGCACAAAGACCAGAACAUUACUUUUUUGAGCUGGGACCACGAACAUCAUCGCCUGGCCUUGAUCGAAGUGCCAUGGAUCAUUCGCUGGUUGCUUCCCCUAGCCAGGUAUCAGCGCAAGAUAAUCGGCAUUGACCACCUGGCCGUGCAGUUCACCACCAUAACCAAGCUGAUGAAUACCUACGAGCGGCUCAAGAAGAUCGGCAUUUUCCCCAUCUGGGCUAUCAAUCACGGCCCCACGACGUCCCUCUAUUACGAAGAUCCGGACGGAGUCCGCCUAGAGUUCCAAGUCGACAACUUUGAGACAGCCGAGAAGACCUCAGACUACUUUGAUUCGCAGGAAUUUGCAAAAAACCCAAUUGGCACCAACUUCGACCCGGAGUACUUGCUGGCUCGCGUGCACCGUGGUGACAACCCCGCCGACCUGUUGCAGCCGGGUGCUGGUACGCCCCCAGACCAAGUUCCGGUGACGAAUAUGAAGACGAUCAACUGGACCACCCUGUGA